AUGCUGUCAUCGCGUGCACGUCUGCAAGCGCGACAAGGUCAGGACGCGCCACCGCGUCACGAGUACUUGCAGCAGCUCGUCAACGAGUUCCAGCGCUCUCCUGACGUUCUUCGGCAAGAAGAGGUCGUGGCCCAUCUGGCCAACUUUGCCUACGACCCCAUCAACUACACGUCCUUCUGUGCUCUGCGCAUCAUGGACCUGUUCCUCGACAUCCUCGCCGUCGCCAGCCCCGGCGGAUCCACCGACGUCAAUGAGACCCACAACGACGACAGCGACGUCUGUGGGUCUGCCCGAAAAGGUCCGUCCACAACGACGUCCCCACGUCAGCUUGUGCAGAAGCGCUCGCUGGUGGAAUUCGCACUGGGCGGUAUCUGCAACUGCAUCUCCGACCCGCAGCUCCAACAGCAGUUCAUUGACGGAGACGGCGUGGAGCUCCUCGUGCCGUUUGUGUUGGACAUACCGCCGAGAGACGACGACGCGACGCCGUUCACCCGCUCGGAGCUCAACGUCGUCGUCUCGUCGUUAACGAUCGCGUAUUUCCUACUGGACUCGCGUGCGUUUGCCGCGAUCACGUCCGACCCAAUAGUGGCCAAAAUGCGCCAACUGCAGCAACAGCAGUGGCCACGACAGUCCGUCGUCGUCGUCGCUCAGAUUUCCAAUACUGCCGCAGCGUUUCUCGCUCGGUACAAAGAGCUCCUCGCGGUCUGA